GGCACUGGCGGGGAGCGGAGCCCCCCCGGCACCCGGCUUUCCCCGGGCACUGCCCGGCGCAGCUUCCCCCUAAGCCCCAGGAGGAGCAGGGUUCCCCCUAAAGGCUGCGCUGGUUUUGUCCCGGAGAAGGAAAACGGGGCCGAGCGGGGCGGCCCCGGACUUUUAUCCUCCUGGGGUGUCCCUCGGUACUUGUGUUCAACUGGCGAGGCUCCGGUCCGGGGCGGACCUGAAUUUUGGCACUUGGCGAAGUGCAGCCUCGGAGUUGGCGUUCCCCAACCGCGCAGGAGGCGCCCCGGUGCGCUCUAUCGCUCUUCAAUUUCGCGAGGAUUGCUCCAUUGGAUUACUCCAUCGGGAGACUACAAGGUAGACCCAGGACCCCUCUCUGCUAGGCUCUUAACAAACACAGGACAGAGCUGGUGGAUGAUUACAGAGGGAUGGUGACUAAAAGGUGCUUUUCCCACAUGAGUGCAAGGAGAGUGGCCGGUUGAAAGAACUGAUUGCUGUGGAGGACAGCAUGACCACCAUGAAAGGAAGCUGCCUCCUUACAGUGCUGUUGGUAGGAUUUGGGGUAUUAGGAAUACUGGAGCCAGCAGCAGAAGAUAUCCACUGCCACAGAGCUGAACACCCAGUGAUUGUGUACAAAGAAAUUGCCCCUUGGUUACAUGUGUUCAGAGCAGAAGAUGCUGUAGACUUCUCACAGCUAACAUUUGACCCGGGACAAAAGGAGCUUAUUGCUGGAGCAAGAAACUACCUCUUCAGGUUGCAGCUUGAGGAUCUCUCUCUAAUUCAGGCAGUGGAAUGGCAAUGUGAUGAAGCUACUAAAAGAGCCUGUUACAGUAAAGGCAAAUCAAAGGAGGAAUGCCAGAACUAUAUUCGAGUGCUUCUUGUUGGAGGCAACCAUCUCUUUACCUGUGGAACCAAUGCAUUCACUCCUAUUUGCACCAAUCGGACGUUAAGUAACUUGACAGAGAUACAUGAUCAAAUCAGUGGCAUGGCUCGUUGUCCUUAUAGUCCCCAGCACAACUCCACAGCUCUUCUCACUUCCAGUGGGGAAUUAUAUGCUGCUACGGCCAUGGAUUUUCCAGGAAGGGAUCCUGCCAUUUAUCGCAGUCUGGGGGCCCUUCCUCCUCUCCGCACUGCCCAGUACAACUCCAAGUGGCUGAAUGAACCAAAUUUUGUGUCAUCUUAUGACAUUGGGAACUUCACCUACUUCUUCUUCCGAGAGAAUGCAGUGGAACAUGACUGUGGGAAAACAGUCUUCUCUCGGGCUGCUAGGGUGUGCAAAAAUGACAUUGGUGGCAAGUUUGUGCUGGAGGAUACCUGGACUACCUUCAUGAAAGCUCGGCUGAACUGCUCUCGUCCUGGAGAAAUUCCAUUUUACUAUAAUGAACUACAGAGCACUUUCUUCCUGCCAGAAUUGGACUUGAUCUAUGGGAUUUUUACCACUAAUGUGAACAGUAUAGCAGCCUCGGCAGUUUGUGUUUUCAACCUGAGUGCCAUAACUCAGGCUUUUAAUGGACCCUUCAAAUACCAGGAAAACUCUCGCUCUGCUUGGCUUCCAUAUCCCAAUCCCAACCCUAAUUUUCAGUGCGGCACCAUGGACCAGGGUUUGUAUGUGAAUCUGACUGAGAGGAAUCUUCAGGAUGCUCAAAAAUUCUUCUUAAUGCAUGAAGUCGUUCAACCAGUUAUUCCAAUUCCUUACUUCAUGGAAGACAAUAGCCGAUUUUCUCAUGUGGUUGUGGAUGUUGUGCAGGGCAAGGACAUGCUCUUCCAUAUCAUCUAUCUUGCCACAGACUAUGGCACUAUUAAGAAAGUACUUGCUCCAAUGAACCAGACUUCAAGCAGCUGCCUGCUUGAGGAAAUUGAACUCCUACCAAAGAGUCAGCGAGAGCCCAUCAGGAGUCUUCAGAUCCUGCAUAGCCAAAGUGUCCUGUUCGUUGGUCUUCAGGAGCAUGUGAUUAAAGUCCCCCUGAAGAGAUGUCUGUUUUACAAAACAUUCAGUGCAUGCAUUGGAUCCCAGGAUCCUUAUUGUGGCUGGGACAUGGUGAUGAAGAAAUGCACAACACUGGAAGAAAGUCUGAGCAUGAGUCAGUGGGAACAAAGCAUUACUGUGUGCCCAACGAGGAAUCUGACAGUGGAUGGACAUUUUGGAACGUGGUCACAGUGGAAACCUUGCAGCCACACAGAUGGUGCCAGUGUUGGAUCCUGCCUCUGCAGGACACGUGUGUGUGACAGUCCAGCUCCUCAGUGUGGAGGGUGGCUGUGUGAAGGACCAACCAUGGAAAUUGCCAACUGUUCCAGAAAUGGAGGCUGGACACCAUGGACUUCUUGGUCACCUUGUAGUACCACUUGUGGAAUAGGCUUUCAAGUACGCCAGCGUUCCUGCAGCAAUCCAACCCCUCGACAUGGAGGACGCGUCUGUGUGGGACAGAAUCGUGAGGAGAGGUACUGCAAUGAGCAUCUGUUGUGCCCCCCUCAUGUGUUUUGGACAGGCUGGGGUCCAUGGGAACGCUGCACUGCUCAGUGUGGAGGAGGGAUUCAGGCUCGGCGUAGGAUAUGUGAAAAUGGUCCUGACUGUCCUGGCUGCAGCGUGGAAUAUCAACCUUGUAACACCAAUGCCUGUCCAGAGUUAAAAAAGACAACUCCUUGGACACCUUGGACUCCAGUCAAUAUUUCAGACAAUGGUGGCCACUAUGAACAACGAUUCCGAUAUACCUGCAAAGCACGCUUGCCUGACCCAAAUUUGCUAGAGGUGGGAAGGCAAAGGAUCGAAAUGCGUUAUUGUUCCAGCGAUGGCACCAGUGGGUGCUCGACAGAUGGAUUAUCAGGGGAUUUCUUGCGUGCUGGAAGGUACUCUGCUCACACCAUCAAUGGUGCCUGGUCACCAUGGUCUCCAUGGUCUCAGUGCAGUCGUGACUGCAGUAGAGGUAUAAGGAAUCGCAAACGAGUCUGCAGCAAUCCUGAGCCCAAGUAUGGCGGUCUUCCUUGCCUUGGUCCAUCUCUAGAGUACCAAGAAUGCAACAUUUUGCCUUGUCCAGUGGAUGGAGGCUGGUCUUGUUGGUCAUCUUGGUCAAAGUGCUCAGCAACUUGUGGCGGAGGGCAUUACAUGAGAACCCGCUCCUGCACAAAUCCAGCGCCAGCAUAUGGAGGAGAUAUCUGCCUUGGACUACACACUGAAGAAGCCCUCUGCAACACACAGCAGUGUCCAGACAGCUGGUCAGAGUGGUCCGAGUGGUCCGAGUGUGACUCAUCUGGUGUCCAGCUCCGUGUUCGUCAGUGCAUUAUUUUGUUUCCUGUGGGCAGCCAGUGCACGGGCAACACCACGGAGAGCCGAGCCUGUACGUUUGACUCCAACUUCAUACCAGAAAUAUCGGUGGCACGAUCCAGCAGCAUAGAAGAAAAACGAUGUGGCGAGUUCAACAUGUUUCACAUGAUCGCGGUGGGAUUAAGUAGCUCAAUACUUGGUUGCCUUCUUACCCUGCUUGUUUACACUUACUGCCAACGAUAUCAACAACAGUCCCAUGAUGCUACUGUCAUCCAUCCAGUGUCACCAGCUCCUCUAAAUACCAGCAUCACCAACCAUAUCAACAAACUGGACAAAUACGAUUCUGUAGAAGCCAUCAAGGCAUUUAACAAAAACAACCUGAUUCUGGAGGAGAGAAACAAAUACUUCAAUCCACAUCUUACUGCAAAGACUUACUCUAAUACCUAUUUUACAGAUUUCAAUAAUUAUGAUGAGUACUAACAGGCUUGUGUAUUUUCUGGCCUCCUGUAACUUCCCAGUCCCCAAGGCCUGUGCUACAUGACUGCUCAUGUGAUUGAAGCUUCAGAGAUGAAGUUCAGAGACAUUUCAAGCACGAUCCAAGCCGUCAAUGUCCCAUUGCUGCCAAAUGCCCAAAACACCUGUUUGUGACAUGAUGUUUUCUUUGUGGAGUGAAAGGUUGGCCUUCGGUGUCGGGUGCAGCUGUAGCCCCUCGGUGUCACUGAACUGCUCAUGAGGAACACAUCGCUUCGCUGUUUCAUAAGCAUUCAGUCAGAUUUCUCUGACAAGGGACUAAGCAAUCCCUGAGCUUU